AUGAUGGACAUUCAAGAGGACAUACAAAUGCAGCAAUCCCCUCCUCUCAUCCCAGAAGACAACGAGCCGAAAUACGGCGGCUUCACUCGCUUCGAGAUUGAGCUUGAGUUUGUCCAAUCCCUCGCGAAUCCCUUCUACCUCAACCACCUCGCGUCGCAAAAGUUCCUUAGUGAGCCCGCCUUCGUCGCAUACCUCGAUUACCUGCGCUAUUGGACGCGACCCCCAUACAUCAAGUACCUGAACUACCCAGGUCCCACACUCAAGCAUCUCGAGCUGCUGCAGGAGGAGCGCUUCCGCCAGGACAUAUUAAGUCCGGAGCUCGUACAGGCAUUAGCUACGGAGGGCGCGAAAGCCUCGGUGGAGUGGCACAAGGCCGAGUAG